AAUGCUUGUAUUUUGAAAUCAGUUUGCUGUGCGAUACAGGAAGUACUCCUCCGUGAUAGCGAUGUUUUCACUGUACCAGACAAAGCGGUACGUGGAGAAAAACGGCUAGUUCACAGCUGUUGUUUGUUUUCAUGUUAAUUUUUAUGACACUGUAACAUCAGUGAAAUAUCCCAUUCCUUUGGAUUAUCGAGUGGACUCCCCAACAUGGCAGCUGAGGAGGAGAGGGGGGUUGUUCGUGUCAAAGUCAAGAAGUGUGAGGGGAUGCUGCCCGUGGAGUUCCGGUCUUUUGCUGUAGACCCUCAGAUAACCUCUCUGGAGGUCCUACAGCACAUUCUCAUCCGGGCCUUUGAACUGAACGGGAAGAGGAAUUUUGGAAUAAGUUACCUGUCUCGUGAUCGCUCGGGGGUGGAAGUGUACCUUUCUCUCCUGUCUGAUUGGGAUUUAGAUGCUGCAUUUGUCUCGGCAGCGAAACCAUACCUGCAGCUCAAGAUAGACAUCAAACCAUCUGAAGACAGUCCAGUUCUGGAGGACUGGGACAUCAUCAGCCCCAAGGAUGUGAUCGGUUCUGAUCAGCUCGCAGGCGAGAAGCGAUCCCUCGCAGCCGCGGCCCUCCCCUUCACCCAGUCCCUCCUGUCCCAGGUUACUGAGCCCGUCAGCCAGCUCUUUUCAGCCAACUCUUUUCCAGUCUCUGCUGCUUUCAGUCAGAUGGGCCGGACACUGUCCAGAGUGCAGCAAGCCUUGAGCUGGUCUUAUGGGGAAGAGGUGAAGCCCUUCAAGCCACCCCUGAGUGACGGCGAGUUCCACAGCUAUCUCAACAGCUUGGGGCAGCUCUCGCGGCCAGAGGACCUCCGACUGCGCAUCUACCACGGGGGAGUGGAGCCAUCGUUGCGCAAAGUGGUGUGGCGAUAUCUCCUGAACGUGUAUCCAGAUGGGUUGACUGGUCAAGAGAGGAUGGAUUACAUGAAGAGAAAGACUCGAGAGUAUGACCAGCUGAAAAGGGAGUGGACAGCCAGGGUCAGCUCAGAAGAUCUGGAGUUCAUCAGAGGAAAUGUCAUGAAGGAUGUGCUAAGAACUGACCGAGCACACCAUUACUACGCUGGCUCAGAGGACAGCCCCCACCUCACAGCUCUGACGGACCUCCUGACAACCUAUGCCAUCACACAUCCACAGGUAUCCUACUGCCAGGGUAUGAGUGAUAUUGCAUCACCAAUUCUCGCAGUGAUGGACAAUGAAGCACAUGCAUUUAUCUGCUUCUGUGGAAUCAUGAAGAGGCUGGAAGGCAACUUCCGUCCUGAUGGUCAGCUCAUGUCAAUCAAAUUCCAGCAUCUGAAGCUGCUGCUCCAGUAUUCCGACCCGGAAUUCUACGCCUAUUUGGUUUCCAAGGGAGCCGAUGACCUGUUCUUCUGUUACCGCUGGCUACUCCUAGAGCUGAAGCGGGAGUUUGCGUUCGAUGACGCCCUCAGGAUGCUGGAGGUAACCUGGAGUUCCCUUCCACCUGAUCCCCCUGAAACAGAAGUGGAGUUGAUUGGUUCACCUCUGGAGUCGGACAAAAAUGACAGCUCAGAGAAGGGCUGCGGAAUUGCAGAGGGGGAGAUGACCGAAGGUGAGCAAACCGAAAAGCAACGAAAGCGCCAUAUGUUACGGCCGUCACGAGAAGAGGCCGAUGGCGAAAGGAAGAUGACCUUAGAAGACGAGCCAAAGGUUGAGGCAGGACCAAGACGUGAUGGUGAAGGAGACUACCGCUCAGCAUACGAGGCAAAGAUGAGCAAUGCUGUGGUCCCUCCAUUUGAGAAACAAGCCAGUUUUGGUGAAUUCAAAUACUACAGUGCCAGAAAUGAGGACAGUUUUGAGGCAUCCACUAUUUCCACCCCAGAGUUUCAUUCUUGUAGUCCUGCGUCACCUUUGCCAGUUCGCCAGUCAACGGAGGACAGUGAGGAUGACCCUGGAGAGAAGGCGCCUUUGAUCAAUUCAUCAACUCCAGACACAGAGCAAAGGAGCUCACCCAAUGGGCAAGCAUCUCCAGUUUCACCACUGCCUUCAUGCCUGCCUACUAGGAACACCGAAUCCAGCCAUUCUCUCACCAAAUCCCCCUCACUAUCCAACUGGAGAGGAACCUCCCCGGAAAGCCCGCCCUCCCAUUACGGUGUGUCUACUUUAAUGAAUGGAAGACCAACAUCUCCAGAUGAAACACCUGGGAGACUGGCAUCACCUCCUCCGGCCUCUCAUGGAACGGGGGCGGCUAACUCUCCCUCCACGCCCCCUGGGAAGUCAACUCUUUCCUCCCCGACUCUGGCCUUCCCUCAGAAUCGCUCUUUGCUGUCCUCUCCUGUCUUGUCUUUCACCAGAUCCCCCUCUCUACCCAGGCCUUUUUCCAGCAAUCUCCCUUCCCCUUGCUCCAAAACCUCCACUACCAUGGUGAAUUCCCCUAACACUAACAGUGCACCCAUGAAGCCCUGUUCUUUGCCACCUCCACAAGAGUUUGGCAAAGGCAAUCCCUUCAUGCUGUUUCUGUGCUUGUCUAUUCUACUAGAGCACCGUGACCACAUUAUUAAGAACAGUUUAGAUUAUAACGAACUGGCCAUGCACUUUGACAGGCUUGUUCGGAGACACAAUCUUGGGAGGGUGCUGCAGCGUGCUAAAGCGCUUUUUGCCGAUUACCUUCAAAGUGAGGUCUGGGACUCUGAGGAAGGGGAUGAGGUCAGCUUGGACUCUCCCACCACAGCUGACAACAGCCUCCAUUCUCCCACUAACAGAUCAACAAUUCCCAGUCAGCAGUCGCCGACGCAGGCCACUUCCUCAUCCAACUCGACCUACAACCUUGCUUCCACUAUUCCCUCGCCCACAAAUCAAAUGCCUCUCUCUUCUCCCUCCUCAUGACUACUUCUCCUUCUCCUUGACUUGCAUCUUCCUGUGUUCCCUCCCCAUGCCACAGCCCACAUCAUAUAAUAUACACCAUAGAUCAAACUUCAUUUUCUGAGAUUGUUCCCAGUCAUUACAUGUCAUUAUUAACUGAUUGCAAAUUUACCAUAGCUAAAAUCCCCACCGUCCCACCACUUGCAUAAUGUGUACAUCAUUCUUUCACAGGAGACCUUCAGAUCCACUCCUCACCUUCUUUUCCCAGCAAUUCAUACCCACAUUCUUGCCUUUGACUUUUAAUUCCAGCCUUGUUGUGUCUUGAGUUGCCCUUGCUAUUAUGGAAUCUUUGAUUUUUCAGGUUUACAAAUGAUCUUCAGUAGGUUUUGUUGGUUCUUAUGCUUUACCAAAGUUACUUAAUUAAAGGGAAAAAACAUUUUUGUUUGUUAUAUUGCUCAGAAUAUGGAUGUGCAUUGUUGAUUUUGGCUAAUGUUCAGAAAUGUCAAUGUGAAUAUGCAGACAUAUCCUAAACUUGAUUUGAGUAUUUUAUUGGGUCUUGGAAAACACACAUUUAUGUACUUAUAUUUGUGAUGAAACUUGACGACUGAUGUUUUUUCUGCACAUAAUUACUGUUAUUGUACAUCUGUACAUUCAAGGAAUGCGUAUAACUGGUAUUUGCCUUUAGCGCUUUUAGAAUUUAGACUUAUUGGAGCAUUGAAGCAGUCCAUUCCAAAGAGAACAGACCGUGUUAUUUAGCCGAAAAAAUGACCGAAUGGUCUAAAAUGGCCAUUGCCAAAAGCUGUUUAAACCCACAGAGUAAGAUAUACCUGGGGUUAUGUUGAUGGUACUACUACUUACAAUUAAAUAUUUCAGUGUUUUGAUUUUUUUCACUAUGAGAAAACGUAUUGACUGUAGCAAUAGGUGGCAAGCCGGUUCAUAAAUGUGAAAACCUAUCAAACACACAGGAUAUCAGAAAAAAUGACUCAAGCUUGUACUUUAUCCUGUUGUGUCUGAUUUCAAACUGGGUGACUGGAAAACUUCAGCUGUAUAGCUCCACUUUAUACAAUGUAACUGUUGCUAUUGAAAUAGAAAUCUGUACAAAAUGUUUAUUUCAAUAUUCCCUUUAUAUUUGAAAACAACUGGAAGUUGCCUGUCAGCAAGUUACAGUGACAUAAAAAGAAAAGAUGUGUGAUUAGAGCAUAUUACAUUAGCAUUUGAUUCCCUUGUUUACCAAGAACGUUUGUUAGAAUUUGAACGUUCAGUAAGUACAUAAGUAAAGUUCUAUACAAAAUAUAUUACACUACAUAAUCAAACAGUGAAUCAGUCUAAUCACACUUUACAAAUUUUACUUAAGCUUUUUAUUCUGUAUAGAUGCAGUUGCUGUAUAGUCCUUGCUAGUUUUGUUUUGUUUUAAAUCUCAUACCAGAGUUGACUCACUGAAAUUAUUUAUCACACCAGUGAAGAUCAAUAUAUUUUCCAUAUUUCUGCAACAGUUAAUUCAUUCAGGGACCGCGUACCUAAAUAUACAGACACAUGGCAUUGGAUGAAAUAGGCUAGUCAUGAGCCAUCAAGUUUUUCACUAAUGGGACAUUUUGCUAGUGAGGUCUGUGUGGCCAGUUAGGGUCUUGUAAUAACUAACUGUUGUUAUUAUCAGCCCACCCAAGUGUUCUAGUCGAUGCUUUGCACAAUAGUCCCUAGUUGGGACAAUUUCUGACUGAAAUUAUUUACAAGUCUUAACACCAAGUGUUCUUUUGAUUUCUUUCCUUCACAUUUACAAGUGCUUUUAGCAGGUCCCUCGCAAGGACCAAAAGCAUAUUUCCUGAGGUAGGAGAUAUUAAAGGCCUUGUGCUUAUGUGUGAUUUUUAGUAUUGAAUGUUUAUGAGUAGCCUAUACCUUUUUUGUUUUGUAUAUUUAUGCAUUGAAAAUGUUGCUGGACUGAAUGCUAGCAAUACAGAUAUUUGUAAAAUAAACUUCCCCAAUUUAAAUGUUU